GGAGAUAAGGGGGAUCACGGUUUAUAAGGGGCUGCGAGCCGCGUGCGGGACACUCCCUCCUGCAGAGUCGUCAGCUCACCCUCACCGCCACCAUGACUUACAACGGCACCUGGAAAAUUGAUCGCAAUGAGAACUAUGAGAAAUUCAUGGAACAAAUGGGAAUUAACAUGGUGAAGAGGAAGCUGGCCGCUCACGACAACCUCAAGAUAGUCAUCGAACAGACCGGAGAAAAGUUCCACGUCAAGGAGAGCAGUAAUUUCCGCACCCUGGAAAUAGACUUCACCCUGGGGGUCACCUUCGAUUACAGCCUGGCAGAUGGAACAGAACUGUCGGGCGCAUGGACCAUGGAGGGAGAUACGCUGACGGGGAUUUUCACCAGGAAGGACAACGGAAAGAAACUGACAACAACCAGAAUCAUCCAAGGAGACGAACUCAUACAGAGCUACAACUACGAAGGUGUGGAUGCUAAGAGGAUUUUCAAAAGGGCUUAAGACCUGCUAAUCAACGGAUCCACAAAAGAGACAUCUGUUUGAACUGUAUCGUGUUGAAUGACCCCAUCAACAUAAGCUGUAACAAGUGCACGACUUUGAUGUGAAGCAGUUUUAAAUUACACUGGAUUUUGAUACUAGCGAUAAUAAAAGCAUACGGUAACUGCC